UUCUGGGUCAGCACAGCAUUUCACACAUGCGUUUCGUUGGUACAAAAAUCACGCAUCAACACUUUCCAAUCGACACUCUCGCCAUUCUUCCACUUGCACAGGUGGUGAUUUUAUUAUUGGUUCCAACAAUGAGAGGCUCCGCACUUUUUACCGGGAUGAAGUUGUUAAAAUUUUCCGUGUUUUUCCAAUAUGUGCCAAGGGUUAUCAGAAUCUACCCAUUGUUUAUGAAAGCUACUAGGAUUUCAGAUGUCUUUGAUGAAGCUAUAUGGGCCAAAGCUGCAUUCAAUCUUCUUCUUUACAUGCUUGCUGGUCAUGUAUUUGGAGCCUUGUGGUACUUUUUUGCCAUGAGAACUGACUGUAGCUGGAAGAAUGCC